GGAAGGAAGGAAGACCAUGGGGCGAUUCUCCUUUCUGAGCUUCGGCUUGCUGGUUGUGGCCCUCUCUCUAAGUGGAGCCAGAGGCUGUUGUCCCCAUGAAUGGUUCUCCAGGAGUAGCUUUUGCUACAAGGUCUUCGAUGAAGCAAAGACCUGGGAAGAGGCAGAGAACUACUGCAGGAACUACAAUCACGGCUGCCACCUGGCCUCCCUCGACAGCAAGGAAGAGUUAGAGGACAUGGCUGUGCACAUCUCCCAGAAAUUCAAGGUCAACAUCUGGAUUGGAUUGAGUCGUCCAUCGCAUGUAGGUCCUUUUCUGUUGCUCAAGUCCUUCAGGGAAUCCUCGUUCAAACUCGGUACUUGA